UCAUCCAUGAAGCCUGCUAAUGUCAGAGUGCUGUGUCUCAUUCAGGUCUAUAGAUAGAAUGAUGUGACCUGCAUUCUCAUCAUGAACACAAAUGCGUCCAGGCCUGGUUCCUAUCUGCUUUGGGGUACAGACUGUAGACCCUGUGACUGGGGUUGUGGCUCCGGUAGUAGGCGCUCGGCUAGACGUGUGGAAGAGGACUGUAGUCCCAGUGACUGUGUCCCAGUGUCUGACCAUAAGAGAUAAUCCAGACAAUGUACUGGCAGAGGUCGUGCAGAAGGAGUGCAGCAUGAGGGCCCAGUUCUGGAGACAGCAGAGAGUUAAAGAGGAGCAGCUAGUAGCUGAUUUCGACAGAGCACUGCGGGACUGCCUUUACACGGCCCUACAGGAAGAGUCAUAUCAUCUUGUGUGGACGGACACAGAGAAGCAAUUAAGGGAGGCAGCAGCGGAGCUUCAGGAGGCAGUCUAUAAAGAGGCUCAGAGAAGGAAUGCUGUAAACUCGGAGCUCUCACUCCUGCUGCCUAGACACAUCCUACUCACUUUUACUGGAGGUGACGAUGAAGAGUGGAAACAGCAUAGCCAUUGGAACGCUGAAGUGACUGCAGUGUUGAAUAGAGUGAGUGUGUUUAUGGCAAAGCAGCAGUUGGAGCAAGAUCGGUCCAUGCCUCUGGAGGAGAAGACAAGGCAGAAGGAGCUGUGGGAGCAAUUAAAGCAGAGACACACCGAGCUGGACGUUGCUCUUUCUUCAGCACGCUUGGCCUGCGAUCUCAGCCAGCUCCGUGCUGAUACUGCUGAGGCCAUAUUGUCAGGCUCGUUCUCGUAUAAGGAUUAUGGUAUGGUGCAGCCCAGAGGCAGGAAAAACCCUCUGAAAGCAAUGGUUCUGACUCAGCACAAAAUCCUCCCUCGGUUGGAGCGCCUCAUUCAGAUGCUGGAGGAGGGCAAACUUUCUAGUCUCGUUUUUGGUGCCCAGAGCCAGCAGAGCACUGACCUGGCAUUGAAGCAGGCAUUGGACAGAGAUACAAGCUCCAGAGCCUGGACUGUGUCGGUCCCUGUAGCUAAAGAUGCCAAUCAGUCUUGCUGUGCAGCAGUUUCGACUCAGUCACUGAAAAUUCAAGAAAAGGCUUUGUCUGCGAGCGAGCUGAAUGCCUCAGAGCCUGUAUUCUCCAGUUCAUCCCCUACACACACAGAACAGGAUGUCAGCUCUGCUCAAAUCCAGGGGUGCCCCUUUAUUGAUUUCUUGGAUGCCCAGUGGGAUUGUGAGGGAGAGCUUGUCAAAGUCGCAGCUGACACUCUUAAUCCCCGGGAGUUUCUGAUCUACCAGCACGGCCAGCUUCUUCUCCAACUGCUUUAUACACACAAAGUGGCACCAGCAGUGGAAUUACAACUCGCCUCAAGCCUUCCUGCGAACAACUACCGCUGCAAUGCCUUCCGUAAUUCUUUUUAUUACCAGGUAUUUGUAGCCAAAGAGACUGAGAACACUCUGUAUGUGCGCCAGCAAAGGCUACAAUCCGUAGGAGGAUUCUCUCUGCUGCUUCUACACUGUGCUGCUCACAUAUCCACUGGUCAACUGAGUGUUGAUACAAAUGUUUCUUUCCAAAGAGCCUUCUUUAAGGUCCUACAAGUGUGUCUAAGUGAGUUGUUCCAUGCCAGAUUGGAGCCUGAUUUGGAUGAAGAAAAAAAACAAGGCACUGACUCAGCGCUUAAUAGCCUUCUGCUCAAGAGUGUACAUCAACCUGACCCAGGAACUGUGUCAGAGAACCUGAAUGAGGUGGCCAGGUUGCUGGAGAAGCACAGAGAAAGUUCAGUGCUCAGGAAUGUAGAAAGCCUGCUGAGAGAUAUGAAGCUGGAGGUCAGCCCAAGUGACAGUGAGCUGCCAAUUAAACAUGGAGCAGAAGGCCAGGACAUUGUGCCAGAGUGAAGUGUCGAAAUCGUUUUUUUUUUUUUUAAGUACGAGCCCUGAAUGUGACAAGAUCAACUAUUUAAUCCAAACUACUGUGUGCUGCAAAGAUAGAUGGCGACAUAGAUGCUGUCUCUGCAUCGCAUAGAGGAUAUUUGUGUAACUGCAGAAAAAAGCAGAGAAAAACUUUAAACAAACACACAAAAAAGAAAAAAAAAUUAGUGUGGUGGAUGAAGAACGAAUGAAUGACAAGGUCAUGUAGUCAGCACUGUAUUAUUAAUGUAAAUAACAAUUAUGGUAAACAUUAAAAAAAUCGUGAGUAUAAAACAUUUGUUAUGUAUGCUUUCAAUAUUUCAUAAAGCAAGGCCCAUUUGCCUUGAGGUCAUUAAAUUAGCAGCUUUGAGAAGACUUGUUGGUGACACAAAGUUUUCUGAGGGCAGACUUAGAAUUCUUGAUUUAUUAUGUUUUUAGAAACCUUCCUACAUACAUCUGGUUGUAACUGACACUGUGUUUGGUUUUAAAGUACAGUGCAUCCACAUUUAAAGUGUUCAUAGCGCUUCACAUUUUAUG